AAAUAAAUCAGCCAAAGAAUUCAGUACCUUGGGUUAAAGAAUUUAGUACCUUUGGUUAAGAGUAUGUGGGCCCCAUACCUAAUUAAAAAAUUAAUAUUUUUUUAAAUAAAUAAAUAAAUAAAUGUAUUAAAUUUGACUAAGAAACUAGCCGUUAGUUUCUCUAUUUAAAGGGGCAUGAACCUGGCAGAAUCACCAUUGUUGCUUAACAAAAUUCAUCCAAAACCAUUUGUCACUGAUUCAAUUUCAAUAAAAAAAAAAACAAAAACAACAAGACAGAAUCUGUAGCAGUUUAACCAACAACAAAAUUCAUCAAAACAGGUUCAUUGACCAUGUUUAUUUAGGCAGAAAUUCUUCAAGGUUUUCCCAGAUUUUGUAGAAAAAAAAUAAUAAAAAAAAUAAAAACACAGAAACAGAAGUUGUUGCUGCUUCCCCUGCUGCUGGUACUUCAAGUCUGCCCCUGCUGCUGCUUCUUCUGUCCAGCCACAAAAUCAGCCAUUGUUGCUUAACAAAAUUCAUCCAAAACCAUUUGUCCCUGAUUCAAUUUUUAAAAAAAAAAAAAAAACAGCAAGACAGAAUCUGUAGCAGUAUACCCAGCAACAAAAUUCAUCAAAACAGGUUCACUGACCAUGAUUAUUUAGACAUAAAUUCUUCAACAAGGUUUUCCCAGAUUUUAUAGAAAAAAAAUAAUAAAAAAAAAACACAGAAACAGAAGUUGCUACUGCUUCCUUGCUGCUGGUACUUCAAGUCUGCCCCUACUGUUGCUUCUUCUGUCCAACCACAAAAUCAGCCUCCUGCAAAUUUGAAAAAACAGAAACAGUAAGGUGCAUAUCAUGGACUACUGCCACUGUAACAGAAGGGCUAUGCAAAGGAUAUCAAGGAAAAAUUUGUGAGAAUUACAAAUGCUACAAUGGAUGCAAUUACUUUGAAUGGGUUGACAUGCCUCACCCUAUUGAAUUGAGGGAUGAAAUGGUGUUGAUGAUUAACAACAAAUCAUCAACACCAUUUAGUGCGAAAAACAUAUAAACUAAUCCAACCCUUGCACAUUGUAAACAACAUGAAAUCAACAUUCAACAACAACACUACCUUAAUCCAACAACAAACAACAACAAAGCAACAAAUUUAACACGAAAAACACAACCAAUCGACAUCAUCAAUUUGUUCAAAAAAAAACCCAAAAUAUCAAAAACCCUAGGUCGCAACAAACAUCAACAAAUGGGCAAAAAAUCCAAAAUUUAUAUCAAAUUAACAACAUAAACGAUGAGAAGUUGAGCUUACCUCAAAAAAAUGGCGGCUUUUGGUGUCGUUUUCCCCAGAAUCGAGCCCAAGGUUGCUCGUUGUUCUUCGAAAGUGACGCAACAAUGUUUUCAGAAAUGGGAAAGAAUAAAGGAGCAAAAGGGGGGAAUAAAGAAAAAGAAAGGGAAAAAAAAUAGGUUGACCCGUGAAUUUUUUAAUCGGGUGGGGCCCACAAACUCUUAACCAAAGGUACUAAAUUCUUUAACCCAAGGUACUGAAUUCUUUGGCUGAUUUUUUUUUUGGCCGGAAUUCUUAACUCAGUACCCAAAAGCAAAGUAAAAAUAAUUGAGUACCUAAACGGUGAAAAAAGGAAGAAUUGAGUACCUGAUUUUGUGCUUAACUCAUAAAAAUCAAAACAAAACAAAACAAAACAAUAUAUAUUUCAUCAACUUAUACUUUAAGUUUAAGCCCACAUCAAAAAAAAAAAUAUAUAAAAAAUUUUAUACUUCAAGCCACUUUCUUUUUUUUUUUUUUUUUUUUUUUUGAGGAAAUACUUCAAGCCACUUUCACGUCCAUCUUAAAAUUUAAAUUAAAAUUAAUUAAAUAAAAAAAGUUGGAAAAAAAAAGAAGAAGAAUCCAAGAAUAUUUAACCAAUGAAAAAUAGAAAUGACUGAAAUGAGGGUUGAAGAGGAGCGAAAAAAUAGGGGAAUGUGGGAGUGUGGGACAACAAUUACACCCUCUCUUUAACUCAUUAACCAACUCUUUUAACCGUCACUUUCCAUUUUCACAAUUUCAAUUAUCUUCUCUCAAUUAGAUACUCCAACAAAAUGGACAACUCUUCUUUUUUCAAAAAUAAUCACGCCAAAUCCAACAAAUACUAUCAUCACUACAAUAAUAAUAAUAAUAAUAGUAGUGUUACUAGUAUAAUGAUUAGGAAAGGGCCUUGGAAACCCGAAGAAGAUCAAGUUUUAAUCAACCAUGUUAAGAAUUAUGGUCCUCGUGACUGGAGCUCCAUUCGAUCCAAAGGCCUUCUUCAACGUACUGGCAAAUCGUGUCGUCUUCGUUGGGUUAAUAAACUUCGUCCCAACUUAAAAAAUGGGUGCAAGUUUACAGCAGAAGAAGAAAGAAUGGUGAUAGAAUUGCAGGGAGAAUUCGGGAAUAAAUGGGCAAAAAUUGCGACAUAUUUGGCAGGAAGAACUGAUAAUGAUGUAAAGAAUUUCUGGAGUAGCAGGCAAAAGAGAUUGGCUAGGCUUUUGCACUCUCAAUCUCCUACUCGUCCUAAUAAGAAGCACAAAUCUUCUGCUUCUUCUUCCAAGGAUCGUCCUCACUUUCGCGAGGUAAACAUUUUAGAAUGAUCGAACAUAUCCUUAAUUAAAUGGUGUGGUGUAAAGAGGAUGAACUUGAUAGUAGAAUUGAACUUAAUUUCACAUAAUUUAAGUUGAGUAUAUAAAUGAUAUUAUGGUAAAUUUUACAAAGUACUUUAAAUAGUUUAGUGUUGUUUGAAUAUUCAUAUGAUGGUGUUAAAUAGUUUAACCACUUCAUGUUGUUUUAUUGACGUUUUAAAAUCGACUUUCUUCUGAUUCUCAGGUCUCCAAGAAUUCUUCAAUGGAGGGAGAAUCAUCCUCCAAAGCACAAUCUCUUAACUCGUCUUCUAACAGCAGCACAGGCAAGAAAACCAUGGAACUAAUACCGUUUCCUGGUUCAGUUAACCACAGUUGUCCGUGUUUUGAAGCUAAAAGUGCAACUUAUCUUGAUCCAAUUCCCUUGAACACAUACUGCAACCAUACCGACUUGCAACUACUUGAAAUGCCUUCCUUUCCCUCGAUUCCACUUCCACCCUUCCAAACAGACUUUCCAUUCCUUCCAGAAACACAGGAGCUCAUUGACAGGCUUGAUUAUAGCUUUUUUGCACCCUUUGGAUACAUCAAUGAGCCUGCACUCAUCAAUGAUGGGGUUCACUUUUUUUCGUGCUUUGGUGGAGGGGGUGUGAGUGGUGAAACAAGAGUAAAGCGGGAGGACAACCAUGUAGCACCUGACAGCUUUUUCGAUGACUUCGCAUCAGAUGUGUUUGAUGAGAUAGAG